UGGUUUUGGUCAACGACAAGUCGCUUCCUAGUAGAAUCAUCAGCUGAGGAUUGAACCCUAAACCCUAAUUGAUCGUUGUGCGAUAAUGGAGGGUCUGGAGAAGUUUUACAGCAAGAUGGUGAAAGAUGCAAAAUCGGCAGUUUCUUCUUCGUCGUCUUCUCUAUCUGAUUUUGCGGAUAAUCUGAUGCAGGACAAACGAGGCGCCGGCAGCAAUUUGACUUCAUACGACGCAGGAUCCGGCGUUCUAGUCAACAGACCUCCGAGCGGAGUUUCGGUCUGGACGUGCUCAAAGUUGUGCGCUGUUUUCUUUGUCGCUGGAGUGUUUGUGGGUUAUACCCUUAAGAGACGGGUUCGACGCUGGGCUUCUAAAUUGCUCAGAAGAAUAAAGGAUGAUUAACUCCAACCUCUGUUUUGUCUUCUACUGCGAGUUUUGGUACUGUUAUCACAUAGGCAUUACUCUAUGUUCCUUCUUGAAUGUGUUUCAGUACCAAUAUACUGUGCUUGAGGCACCUUGUUGAUGAAACUUUUUUGUUUACUUUUCUGCCUCUGUGACUAGUAGUAGCUUGUGGUAAUGGAAAGAGAGAUUGGAUCAUCUUGGGAAAGACGCGUAUAUUAUUUCGUAUAGAGUAACUUAUAUUUGUUAUU